ACAGAGGAGGAGUAUUUGCACACACACGCACAUACACACACACACACGCAGUCUGCCUGCAACACAGGAAUCAAACCCGAGGACUUUGUCGUUUUUUUGUGCAACAAUUAAUCCAAUCCUGCAGAGCAUUUGCGAGGAGCCAGAGAAAAGCACCCGGGACUGACCAUGGUGAUCAAAGUGUACAUAGCCUCAUCCUCCGGGUCCACUUCGAUUAAAAAGCAGCAGCAGGACGUGAUGGGCUUCCUGAGAGCCAAUAAGAUCGAGUUUGAGGAGUGUGACAUCGCCGCCAACGAGGCUAACCGGAAAUGGAUGAGAGAGAACGUUCCGGAGGAGUCGCGUCCGGCCACGGGGAACCCUCUCCCUCCACAAAUGUUCAAUGAGAACAAAUAUUGCGGGAACUACGAGGCCUUCUUUGAUGCCAGAGAGGAUAAUGCUGUAUAUGCAUUUUUAGGCCUGACUGCUCCUCCGGGGUCAAAGGAAGCAGAAGCUCUGCUAAAGAAAGCACAGCAGUAAAGUUUCACCAUUUUUUUUAUUUUUUAUUUUUUUCAACCGGACCUAACCUAACCUGGAAUAAAUACAGAAAAAAAUAAACAAAUUGACUGUUUAGCUUCAUGAUUUUCUUUUGUCAGCUGUGCCUUGUCGGUGACUGACGGUGCAAAAAUGAAAAGGAAAAAAAAUAAGAACCGAACAUCCUAGUUAUCCAGACAGCGCAACGCUUCCUCAUAAUAACCUCAGCCUGCUAAGCUAUUGGUCCAGUAACAACAAACAUUUAGCAUGAAAGAAGUGAUAAGAUGUGCAAUGUAGCCUCUGUCAAGACCACCUAAUGUAGUCCCCAUGGUCCCUUCUUUAUCAACAACAACAAUGUAUUCGAUUAAACGAGAUUCUUUGGAACAUUGAUUAUUAAAGGGUGCUAAAUCAUAUUCAUUAUAUCAAAGUUAGAAGUUGUGCUCCCGUCAGUUUUGUUCUUAGCAAAAGUGCAGCAUUUUCUGUAAAGAGCACCAAAAUCCCACAACUUUACGUUUUUUUAAUGUGUUCUUCUUUCAAGCUGUCUUGAUUCUGUUUUAAAUAGCAGCCUUUUUCUACUAGAGGAUCGGUGUGAAACAAUGAGACUGUUGUUAUUUGUUGUUUUUUGUUGAGUGCAAACUAUGUUUUGUUUCGUAAGCCUCCUGUUUUAUAUUUUGUUCUUACAAAACCAGUCUUAAUGGGAAUAAUUAGUUGUUUUCCCUACAACAAAAUAAAAAUCCUGAAA